UCCUAGGCUCGUCUUAAAUUGUAAAAAGACGGAAUCGUCUUUAUCACUCAUCAAAUGACUAUUAGUUCAGUUCCAUGUUAGUGAUUACAAAGGCUUGCAAAGUUAAUCAGAUAAUCAGUUUACCGUUGAAAAGUUGGAGUGUGAUGAUGCAGGCUGCAAUAAAAUUAGUUUUUAUACUAAUUCACAAAGCAGUAGCCGAAUCGCCAACAGUGACAAACAUAUACUAUCAAAAUCCAAACGAUUGCACAAAGUUCACUAUAGGUUUGAAUGAAGCUGUUACAUACGAAUGUCCACGCGGUUAUCAUUGGAAUAAUUACAUGAACCGUUGUGAUUUAUCUGAGUCUAAAACUUCUACAACUCCAAAAUACUACUAUUCCUAUUCACACGCUUAUAAUCCCAUCGGCCAUGAUGCAGCCAGCAGAUAUGAGAUUUCCAGACUCGCAAGGCCACUAGAAAUGCAAUGCAGACAAGGAUACACCUUCAACAGCUACACGAAUCGUUGCGAAGUUCUUCCAACAGCCAGCCGCCCGAAAACUCCAUAUCUUGCGCCAAGAUUUCACACAGUUCCACCCGGAACAUCUUCCAUAGGUUGUCCCCGAAUUGUUGAUCCGAACAAUCCUGUCUACCGGCCGCAUUCGGAUUGCGCCAAGUUCUACAUGUGUACCCCGAGUGGUCCCGAGGAAUGGUCUUGUCCGGAUGGAUUGCACUGGAGUGAGACGGUCAAUCGAUGUGACCAAUCGUGGCGAGCCGGAUGUCGACGGGACGAUAGAGUUAUUUCGGUUGUAAAAUCCACGAUGAAUCCUGUAACGACGACGACGACGACAACUACAAUUAGAAGUUCACAUUUCAUUGCUAGUACAGCUGCAACGCCUUACUAUUCUCUUACUACCACAGCCAGUGAUGACAAUUUUGGAGGUGUGACGGAAGAUACUACAAUUUGGGAGGACUUCUACACUACGGAUAGCUCAAUUCUUUGAUUAGAUUAAGGUGAAGAUGAAUUAAAGCCAAACCUUAAAUUU